AUGUCGUCUUUUACUGACGAUAAAAGUGUGGUGUUCCCAGGUAACACGGACAAGGACACCCCCGUAACCAACCUGUUGGACCACCCGGUAGACGCACGUUACGUGCGGUUCUACCCUCUCACUUGGCAGUCUGAGUGGAUCAGCAUGAGGGUCGAGCUCUUGGGAUGCAAUAGAGACACAUCCUGCACAGAAACAAAGGCCUUCUACAACAACGACUCGUGGCGCAAUUAUGCAUUUGACUUGCAAACCGUCUUCUCACCCGUGCGCCAACCUGUUGUGUUCGAGGCACGUAGUGAGGGCCGGAUUCACAUCACUCUGUCUGCAGAGAACAGGUUCCUUGGUGUUGGUCAGCAAUAUGAGGUUCACAUCGGGAUUGACUGGAAUACCAGGUCGAGCAUCAAUCCAAGCUGGAAAAAAGUAAAUACAUCAGGUAUUCUGUCGCCAAACGACUUUAGACGCUUCUGGAUCUGCUGGAAAAGGGGGAACAACAACAUGUACAUAGCGGUGGGGAGAGAUGGAGAGACUGAACCGUUCAUGGCAACAACCGACAACAAUCCCAAGGAAAUCAACUACGUGGGGUACGGGGCAAACGACCCGAAUGGGCAGUUCCGGUUUAACUGUGCACAAGACUUUACAGUGUGUUCCGAGCCUCCAACUCUUGCCCACACUGCCGAGUCUGCCCCAGACUGUACCUGUCCCUACUGGCCUGGGAAGAUCUGCACGUACAAGUGCAUCAUGAGAUCCAAUGCCGCAGGGAGUUACGUCACCAGGACAUGCGGCACUGAUGGAGAGUGGGAGGGAACACAGCAAUGUCAAGAACCUUGCGACAACUGGACGGUCUGGUUCAACCGAGAUGGCUCGGGUGGGAGAGGUGACAGGGAACUCCUGUCCCACCUCUGUAGGGAAAACCCCGGCCAGAUCUGCCCCCAUCCCACAGGAGUUCACGCCCGCGUCGUCUCCACCCAACAGGAGGCCUCCCUCACCGGGGAAACCUUCGUCUACUACGACACAACAAUUGGCUUUUUCUGUAACAAUACCCAUCAGGCGGACGGGAGCUGCUUGGACUACGAAGUCCGCUUCUGUUGUCCAGACUUUACAGCGUGUGCCGAGCCUCCAACCGUUGACCACACUGUCGAGUCUGGCCCAGCAUGCACCUGCGAGAGAUGCAGGUACAAGUGCAUCACGGGAUAUCAUGACGCAGGAGGUGACGUCAUCAGGACAUGCGGCCCUGGCGGACAGUGGGAGGGGACACAGCAAUGUCAAGGUCAACAUCAUAUCUAAUAUUU